AUGCGCCGGUCAAUAAACAGAUGGACAGCGGCAGAUGAGAGAGGACGACGAGUACGGGUACUAGCACCACUUGGUACUGGUGUACUGUCCACGCCGACGGUGACGGGUAACAACGGGAUGAGAACUGGUGUACUGUCCACGCCGAUAGUGACGGCGAUGUGCCGUGGACGUGAAGUGCGAGUUCCUCUCUUUUCCGUCGGUCUCGACGGCGAUUCGAAAUCCGUAAGAUGCCCCAGGAAGAGUGUGCCAGAACCGAGCGUCAAGAUGUUGUCACUGCGGUCGUGGUCCACGGUUGAAUGUCCCGAGGAAGAAAAGCGCUCUCCAGUGCCGCUCGUCGAUGAUAGUAGCAACGACGGCGACGACGAUAGUGAAGAGCGCACGGCGAGUAGACGAGAACAACCCUCUCUCGCUGCUAUCACCACCGACACCGCCCUCGCGUCUCCUCGCCAUGGCAUCGGGUGCGGCAGAAACGCGCCGUCGCGACGCCGCCUCGCGAAUACGCACGCGCCACGAUGCCGGAGGUGGUGGAGGUGGCCUCUUGGUCGCCGCAUAAAAAAACAGAUGGAAACGUCGAUUGGAUCGAAAAGUGCUGCCGGAUUUUCACCGGCGGUGUGUGAAGCUGUUUUAGAAGUCCUGGAGGAAUGUGCGGACUCAUUGGCCGUUUACCAAAACAUCUUACGACAACAAUCGAUGACGAAGGAUGAUGAUGCCACUAAUAUUUUCCCAAAUUUUAAAAUUUCGGAAACGUCUAUUCUGCAAAUGCUUGCCAGAGGCGCCGCGGAAAUAACGGAUUCACGGAGGGAGACUGCGCAUGAAAAGCUUCUACGAGACAGUUUAUAUGUGAGCGGUAUAAUAGAAGACUUGAAGCGGGAAGUUAGCGAACAUGGAACCAUCGACGUAUUAAUCAAAGAAAUCGAGAGGAUUACGUCACAAGAAGAACAGGAGCAUAUUUUAAUAGAAGAGAACGAAAGCAUGCAAAUAAUUGUGGCAGAGUUACGAAAAGCAAUUGCCGAUAAGAAAACAGCGAAUGAAAAGGAGGAGGAACGUUUAACAAAGAAGCUCACUUUGACACGGGACGAGAAGGAGAAACUGAAACUAAUCAAGGACGUGGAGAUGAAAUAUGUCCGAGUGUGGGAAGCGACACGUCGGGAGCAGUACGUACUGCGUUACGAGUUAAAGAUAGACGAAUUGAAAAAGACAUUGAAUGAUCAUUGCGUGAGCGAGAGAAAUGAAAAUCACGUGAAUGAUGUAUUAACGCGUUAUCUAACGCGACGUAUAGCGCUCAUCGAGACUCGGAUCGAGCAAUGGCGACAGAGGUACGAUCGGGAGAAGAAAAUGUAUGAGAAGGAGAUCCGUAAAGUACGCAAUGAGAUCGGAGAUGCUCAGAAAUACUUGGAGGAACUUACGACGGAGUAUCGCAAUAAUCAGGAAUUCAUCGACACAUACCUCGCGGAGCAGGAGACACUCCGAAGACAAAAGGAGCACGAGGAUCAUGUGCGGCAUAGCAUAAUUAAGAUGCAAGCCUGGUGGCGAGGUGUUAUGGUGCGUCAAAAGUUGGGGCCGUAUCGAUCUGAAGAGAAAAAGAAAAAAAAGCCUGUUAAAACAAAAAAAUAA